UGGUUGGCCGGCGGCGAGCCCGUGCGCGGCGGAACCAAUGUCCGACGCCGGGUUUGCGGAACGUGACCCGGAAGUCGGCGUGAGCAGGCGCAGUGGGCAGGGGACGCCUAACGCGCGCGGGGACUUCCGGCGUGGGCGCCGAGCGCUCGGGACUGCGUGAGUCCGCGAAGAGGGGACCAGAGGCCCGAGCGGGUCCCGCCCCGGGGAGGUUCUGGCGAGGGCGGGCACGGGAGCCGGCUGCGUCCUCACGCGGGCGUCCCCCUCGUCCCGGCCUCCUGGCGCCGCCGACGCCUGCCAUCCUAGCGCGGGGGCGUCCUCCUAGGUGGGCGCAGCCGAGUCCGGGGCCCGGGAUGGCGUCGGCAGCGGGCCCCCAGGACCGGGAAGGGCUCCUGAUCGUGAAGCUGGAGGAAGACUGCGCCUGGAGCCAGGAGCUUCCCCCGCCGGACGCCGGGCCUAGCCCCGAGGCCUCCCACCUGCGCUUCCGACGGUUCCGCUUCCAGGAGGCCGCGGGGCCCCGGGAAGCCCUCAGCCAGCUGCAGGAGCUCUGCCACGGGUGGCUGCGACCCGAGCUGCGCACCAAGGAGCAGAUCCUGGAGUUGCUGGUGCUCGAGCAGUUCCUGACCAUCCUGCCGCAGGAGAUCCAGAGCAGGGUGCAGGAGCUGCAUCCCGAGAGCGGCGAGGAGGCGGUGACGCUCGUGGAGGACAUGCAGCGAGAGCUCGGCCGCCUGAGGCAGCAGGUCACAAACCAUGGGCGGGGAACAGAAGUGCUCUUGGAGGAGCCUUUGCCUCUGGAAACAGCACGAGAGUCACCGAGCUUCAAGCUGGAGCCAAUGGAGACUGAGCGAAGCCCUGGCCCCAGGCUGCAGGAGCUGCUAGGCCCCAGCCCCCAAAGGGACCCCCAGGCUGUAAAGGAGAGGGCAUUAUCUGCUCCCUGGCUUUCUCUCUUUCCUCCUGAAGGGAACAUGGAAGACAAGGAGAUGACUGGGUCCCAGUUGCCUGAGAGCUUAGAGGACGUGGCUAUGUACAUCUCCCAGGAGGAGUGGGAGCAGCAGGACCCGAGCAAGAGAAUGCUGUCCCGGGACACGGAGCAGGAGACCUUUGAUUCUGUGGAUGGACUGGAGUCUCAGGAUCCCAAUCAGGAGAUGCUGAGCACCCAGAUGGAGCAAGGGGGGAAGCUGUGGGAACCCAGUUACCAGACUUGCAAGGAGGGCCUGAGGCUCCGAAGCCCAGCUCCAGGCCAAGAGAAAUUUGAGAACCAGGAAGAAAAUGCUCACUCUGUUUUCCCUGAGAGCGUCCAUCCUCAGGUGCUGCUCCCUGGCCAGGCCAGGGGGGAGGUCCCCUGGAGUCCCGAGCAGGGAAGGCCUCAGGACAGGGCUGAAGGGCACUGGGAACCUCACCCUGAGGAGCGGAUGGAACAGUCUCUCCUGGGAGCCACAGGUUGCAGAGAAUUGGGGCGACCGAAGGAACUGCAGCCGAAGAAACUCCACUUGUGUCCAUUGUGUGGCAAAAAUUUUUCUAACAACUCGAACCUAAUCAGGCACCAGAGAAUCCAUGCAGCGGAAAGACUGUGUAUGGGUAUGGAGUGCAGUGAGAUCUUCGGGGGGAAUCCACACUUUCUGUCACUGCACAGAGCACACUUGGGAGAGGACACCCACAAGUGCCUUGAAUGUGGAAAAAGUUUCAGUCAGAACACGCACCUCACUCGCCAUCAGCGCACACACACGGGAGAGAAGCCCUAUCAGUGUAACGUGUGUGGAAAAAGCUUCUCUUGCAACUCCAACCUGCACAGACACCAGAGAACGCACACGGGGGAGAAGCCCUACAAGUGCCCCGAGUGCGGGGAGAUCUUCGCGCACAGUUCCAACCUCCUCAGGCACCAGAGAAUUCACACGGGAGAGAGACCCUAUAAGUGUGCCGAGUGUGGGAAAAGUUUUUCUCGUAGUUCUCAUCUUGUCAUACAUGAAAGAACUCAUGAAAAGGAGAGGCUCUUCCCCUUCUCCGAGUGUGGAGAAGCAGUGAGCAGCAGCACCCCAUUUCUUACACCUCACAGAACCCCUAAGCCAGAGAAGAAACUCUUCGAGUGUUUGACUUGUGGGAAAAGCUUCCGGCAGGGCAUGCAUCUCACCAGACACCAGCGGACACACACCGGAGAAAAACCGUACAAAUGUACCCUUUGCGGGGAGAAUUUCUCCCAUAGAUCCAACUUGAUCAGGCACCAGCGAGUUCACACGGGAGAGAAGCCCUACACCUGUCAUGAGUGUGGAGACAGUUUCUCUCACAGCUCCAAUCGGAUUCGUCACCUGAGAACCCACACGGGGGAGAGACCCUAUAAAUGUAAUGAGUGUGGAGAAAGCUUUUCUCGGAGUUCCCGCCUCAUGAGUCACCAGAGGACUCACACCGGAUAGAACAAGGGGCUUUCUCCACCCUGGGCCAGUGGCGUGUGCAGAGCGUCCUGAUGUAGGAGCUGACACUCCUUGCCCAGCUGACGAGUGACUGACAUUUUUGCAGUCACUCUAAUGUCAUGGAAAAGCGGUGCAGAGGCCGCAAAGGAUUCUUACAAGGCUGAAGAGGAAUUCUGUCAGAACUGAUGUGGCAGGUCUCUGGGGGCAUCUGCCAGGGCAGAGUCCCUCUCAGUCCAUUCUGGGCCAGGGGCGUCCGCGCCCUGGAUGUCAGCCAAGUUGUGAUUUGGGUGCCUUCCCGCAUUUUGGGAAUCUGUGGUUUCUUUGUUACUGCUUUCGCGUUUGGGACAUUCGGCAGCAGCUUUGGGUUCCUGGCUCUCGGGGAAAUCAGGAGGCCGCAGAAGAUUGGGGGCUGCAGCUUUCCCCGAGCCCCCGCACUCCUCAUGACCCACCAGGAGUAGCAGUCGGCAGGUCACGCACACAAAGAUCAGAAGGACCCAGGGGCUUGAAGGAAAUAGGAAGCCGUGAUUUGCUGAUCGUGGUCAACCCAGGAAUUGGCAAAGGAAGUAGGAGCCUGCGUUAGUCUGCCCUUUGCAGAAAUCGCGACUUUCUCCACUUCUGUCAGAGAAGAGAAACGGUUUUCCGUUAAAGGGUUCCAUGAAAGAUGGAGUCCCUGGGAGACUUUGAGAACGUGGACCCUAGAAAGCCGCAUUAGGGAACAUUCCUUUCUCUAUUGGAAAUGUUUGGUAAUAAAUGUCUUCAGUAAAU